AUGGACUCUUCUUCUUUGGAUAAUGUGUAUUGCUUUCUCUUUAUUGUUGAAUCUUCUGUAAGUAUCUCAUCAUUUCUUCUUCAAUAUUGUCAUGAAGUGUUUCUUGAAGAAGUUGAUCUUGAAGAGGAGCUUCAAUUGGCAUUGUUUCAUACCCCAUACGAAAAAAAUCUUUUCCUAGAUCGAGUUUUUGAUGUUUUUGACCAAAAAAGAAAUGGGGUAAUUGAGUUUGACGAGUUUGUCCUUGCACUUAGUGUUUUCCAUCCAUAUGCCCCCAUAGAUGAAAAAAUUGAUUUUGCAUUCAAGCUCUAUGACCUGAGGCAAACUGGAUUUAUUGAGCCAGAGGAAGUGAAGCAAAUGGUUGUAGCCAUUUUGAUAGAAUCAGAGGUGAAUCUUCCUGAUGAUCUUCUUGAAGCAAUUGUUGACAAGACAAUUGCUGAUGUGGAUAAGGACAAUGAUGGUAAAAUCAGCAAAGAAGAUUGGAAAGCUUUUGUGAGUCAAAAUCCAUGCCUCUUAACAAACAUGACACUUCCUUAUUUGAAGGAUAUCACCAGUGUGUUUCCAAGUUUUCUUCUCAAAAUGGAGGCAGAACUUUAA